UGAGUUACAUACAGAGCACCAAGCUGUACACCGAGUAAAUACAGCAGAAUAAGGGCUUUGUCCUGCCAAAAGGCAGAUCUUAUUCACUUGCUGGGAUGAUGCUACAUGUGGAACAGAGCCUACACAUCCUAUUUUCCAUGUGUUUUGAAGACUUUAAAAUGACUGAAGAAACAAGGUGUCUCCAAGGCUUUCUCAUUCAUUAAUAUUGAGAUAUUUGUUUCUCCCAACAGCGGUUUUCAUAACAACAACAUCAAAGCUAUUCCAGAGAACGCAUUUGUUGGGAAUCCUCUCCUCCAAACAAUGUAAGAUAAUUAAACAAUGUUUCCUAAAUCCUUAUAUCCCCCAGAAAGGGGCAUUUCCUGAUGGAGUUUGGUUGGGAUUCCUGACAGUCAUCAGCAUGACCGCAAUCUGUUAUAUAUGGGCCAACGCAAGCUGAAAUUAGCUCCUCCUCAGCUAUGCCUCAGGACUUUUGCCAUGGGUUCCCCUUUCUCCGCAGCUGAACUUCGCUGUAGCACAGGCUGAUAACAAUGAAGGACCAAUGUAUGGGUGGUCUGCAUGGAAACUUGCUGUGUGGAACAGGAUUUGCAGAGCCCUGGUUGACAUGUGCCUGUGUUUAUUCCUUGUGUUUAGAAAAGCUGCUCGCCAGUUCCAGCAGGAUCUGUAUGUGUCGGGGAGCUGGGACAGCAGGUCGUUGUGGUGAUCAUAGGGUUACGGCACUAGGGCAGGGUUGAAGGGGGGCUUUGCAUCUUUGGGUUCAGCAGGACACCAAAGAGCCCUUUCAGGCUAGCAGGAGACCUCAGAUUUACCAAUGUUGAGCCAAAACAGGCUAAUGGAAGAGCCUGAGGCUAUCUGGAAAACAAGGAUAGCCAAUAGUUGCUGCUAUGCUGGGUGCUCCAAGGCUCUUGACCUGUAAUAGCAUAUUCUCUUCAUGCGCAGCAGAAUCUGACCAGUUACCCAUUUUCUUUACAGCCAUUUUUAUGACAAUCCCAUCCAGUUUGUUGGACAGUCUGCUUUCCAGUACUUGCCAAAGCUCCACACUCUGUCACUCAAUGGUGCGACGGACAUCAGGGAAUUCCCAGACCUUAAGGGCACCACCAGCCUAGAAGUUUUGUGAGUGGCACCUCUCUCCCUUUUACCCUGCUAUUUGUGCUCUUCCUCCAUCAAGGCGGUCCAGGCUGUUUCAGCGAGGACAACUUUCACAGUGCUGUGCAGUUGGUUGUCUUCAGCUCUGCCUCUCCCUGGUUACUCACCUCUCUGCUUCGUUUCACCCCUGUGGCUCCUGAAAGCAGCUUUCCUUGCCGACCCUGACCCGGGCAGGCAUCCACCUGCUCCCCAGAGGGAUGUGUCAGCAGCUGCCCAGCCUCCGAGUCCUGGAGCUCUCACACAACCACAUCGAAGACCUGCCCAGUUUCCACCGGUGCCAGCGGCUGGAGGAGCUUGGUCUCCAGAACAACAGGAUCCAUGAGAUCAGAGCAGACACCUUUGUGCAGCUGGUGGCCCUGCGCUCCAUAGACCUGAGCUGGAAUCACAUCCAGUUUAUUCACCCUGAAGCCUUUGUGACCCUGCACUCGCUCACCAAGCUGGACUUGACUGAUAACCGACUGGUCACGCUGCCUCUGGAUGGUUUAGGUGGACUGACCCAUCUGAAGCUCCAAGGCAACCCUGCUCUCUCUGAGCCCUUCACCAAGGAGAGCUUCCCCAAAAUGAGAGUCCUUGAGGUACCUUAUGCCUACCAGUGCUGUGCCUAUGGAAGCUGCAGCAGCUUCUUCAAGAUGUCCAGCCAAUGGGAGACGGAAGACAUGAGCCCAGAGGAGGAGGAUCCCCACAAGAGGACCAUGGAAUUGUUUCCAGGUCAUGCUGAUAAUCACUAUGACCUAGAUACAGACGACCUCCAUGUGGACCUUGAGGAAUCCAAGCUGCACCCCACUACUCAGUGCACACCGAGCCCAGGUCCCUUCAAGCCUUGCGAUCACUUGUUUGAGAGCUGGAUCAUCCGCCUGGGAGUCUGGGUCAUCGUUCUGGUCUCAGUGCUCUGCAACGGGCUGGUCAUCCUGGCCGUCUUUGCCUCCUCCAGCUACCUCUCUCCAGUCAAGUUCAUCAUCGGCUCCAUCGCUGGAGCCAACAUGCUGACAGGCAUUUACUGCAGUGUGCUGGCUCUCGUCGACGCCCUGACCUACGGCCACUUUGCCAACUACGGUGCCAGAUGGGAGAUGGGAGCAGGCUGCAGGGUGACGGGAUUCCUGUCCGUGUUUGCCUCCGAGGCUGCCAUCUUCCUGCUGGCGCUGGCUGCCGUGCAGUGCAGCAUCUCAGUCUCCUGCGUGCGGGGCUAUGGAAAGUCACCCUCCUUAGGCAAGGUCAAGGCUGCUGCUUUUUGCUGCCUGUUGCUGUCCUCUGUGGCUGCCGUUCUCCCUCUCUUCUCCAUUGGGGAAUAUGGAGCAUCCCCUCUCUGCCUCCCAUAUCCCAUUCCAGAUGGGAAACCGGCCACCCUGGGCUUCACUGUGGCCUUGGUGAUGACAAACAUGCUCUGCUUCCUGACUAUCACAGGCACCUACAUCCGACUCUACUGCAACCUGCUCAAGGGGGAGUUCAGCGCUGUCUGGGACUGUGCCAUGGUCAAGCAUGUGGCCUGGCUGAUCUUCACCAACUGCCUCCUCUACUGCCCAGUAGCCUUCCUCACCUUCUCCUCCACACUCAACCUCUUCCUCGUCACCCCGGAGGUCAUCAAAUCCAUCCUCCUCGUGGUCCUGCCCCUGCCCGCCUGCCUCAACCCAUUGCUCUACGUGCUCUUCAACCCCCACUUCAGAGAUGACCUCCGCCUGCUGAGGCGGAAGGGCCAGGACAAGGGGAGCUACCCCGAGUCCUGCGGGGUCGAUGACAUGGAUAAAAGCUCCUAUGACUCCACGCAGGCUCUGGUGAGCUUCCCCGACAUCGACCACAUAUUCGAGACGCCCGAUUCCCUGGGAGUGCACCCCAUCCUUGACAGCUACAACUUCCCCUCCAUGACGCUCGUCCCCUGCCAGCAAAGGGUGGGCACCAGGGGGAAGGAGAGAGGCUUCUCUGAGCAUUGUCCCUGCCUCAAUGACAGUGAGGUGCUGAUCACUUCGGAGAGCAGAGAACCAGCCGGCAGCAGCCUCCGGAUAACCUUCUUCCCCUCCCCUCCCACACCACCCUACGUGUCUCACUUAUAAACCUCCUCUGAUUAGCCAUGCCCAACAGCCCCACACCGAGGGCCAGCCCCAGCACCGGGUGGCCAGCAAGGUGACAGCAGGCUGCUCCAUGUAAAGCACCAGUACAACCCAUCUACCCUCGCCCCCAUCAUAUCUGCCUGGACAACAGGCACCACUCUGCCAGCUGCCACUCGCCUGGGAGGGCUCUGACUGAGACCCAGAUACUCAGGGCUGGCCAUGGGAGGAGAUAAACCCCCUGUGUGAGUGUUUCUCCUGCUAGGGACUGGCUGGGAGCGAGUCGCACCAGUUCAGGAGAUGGGUCAGGGAGAUCCUCAUCAUCAUCCUGCAGCAUCACAAGCCAGGAGGAGCCUGCAGCAAAGCCAAGGACGUCUUCUCAACGCAGAGAUGUCUUAGCAAAAGCCAUUGCUCUGUGGCAGAAACACAUGGAAAAGGCCAACUGCAAUGAUGUGGCUACCCAUAGGGACCUUGUUCUCCAGGGUCCUCUGCAGGCCCCACAAACCCCUGGAAAUGGGCUUGCAUCUGCCCCACACCACUGACUGGAAGAGCAGAAGUGGGUUAAAAGCAGUGUGUGAACCUGAGGUUUGGACUGCCUCUGUUUUGGGAGGCUCCGCUUCAUCCACUGGGAGCCUCACAGGUUGGGCAGGACCCACACUUUCAGCUGAUACCAGGAGCUGGGAAUGCUCAGCCCCUCCUUCAAUCUGACCCACAGGGUCUGACAAACAAGGGGUCUCUGAACUUCAAGGCAGCCAAAUCCAAACACCUCCCUAGAGAAACCCAUGUGCUUUGCUUGAGGUCACUCAGCAGCACCUUGACACAAUGCAUCCACCUUCAUCAAUCCCUCCACCUUCAUGUGCUGCAGCACUCCUGUUGGUAGUCACCAGGCUCCUGGUCACACACAGUGAAAAUGGGGUCUGGCCCCAAACCUCACUCCUGGAAGAGGCUGUCGGCUCUUCUCCCCAUGCAGAAUAGCCAUUUGGGGCUGCAUUUGCCCUCCCCUAUUUUAAGGGCAGCUCAUGUAGGAGGAGGGAACAGAAAUCAGCCUUGUGGGAUGAUGGCAUCAGGAGGACACCAGUCACUGGGAACAGUCAAAUCUGCUCCCUGCAGCUCAGGGAUCUCCCAGAUCCACCCUCUCCAUCACAAACCUUCCUACUGCCACCCAACGCAACAGGGAGCCCUGCAAUCAGAGCUCAGGCCCUACACACACAAAGCUUUGGUCCUGCUGACAUUACUGCAGCUGUAUGUCAUCCAUUCUUGUGAGACAAUAAAUGAGCCCCAUUGCUGACCAGUGGCUGGCUUCUGUCCUCUUGCAUGUGAAAAGCACCUUGUUGGUUCAUUCAGCAACCGGCUGCCUGCCUCUCCAGCCAAGCUGGAUGUUGUUUGUAUGGCUGAAGGGAGGACUGGGGAAUUGUGUGUGUCCCCAUGAGCUGGCAUCAUUCUCCACACCCCUCUUCUUCAGAGGGAAGAGCCAAAACACCCACCUUUAUGCAGCAGAAUUACAUCACCUGUGUCGCUCUCCAGACCCCAUGGACCAGACCCACCUGGUUG